AUGCAGGCCCUGAAAACCUCAUUAAAAGAGAGCACGGCCAGGGAGCUGGCUUUGCGACGAGAGAUCGAGCAGCAACCGGUACAAGCCACUCAAGCACAGAGUAAGAGACUGACCGCAAUAAGCAAGCGGUUGGAGAAACAUGCGGCCGAAGCUAAGGCCAGGUGUGAGGAGCACCUUCAGGAGCUUAAAGGUCUGAAAGAGGUGUUAAUAGACACAGAGAGACUGAUAGAGACUGUGCAGCCUAUGCUCCUAAAGGGCUUGAGAAGUCAGGAACAGUCCAAUAAGGUGGGCCUAGAAAUCCCUAAAGAAGAGGGGGAACCAGAGCAGCAGGGAAAGAAGACCAAGAUGGAGGCACUCUCAGGGGUAAACUCAAGGAUGAAAGAAGAGAUCACCUCCAUAGUCAGGGAGUGCCUGAAUCAAAGAUGGGGUCAGUGGGCGAGUCAGUACGCUCAAGACAUGAACGGUCUAAAGGAAAAACUGGAGAAAGGUGCUAGCUGGUCAACGGACUACGGCACGACCUACGAGAAGCUAAAUGACAAAGUGGGUCUGAAAACUGUGCUCAGCUAUCUUUAUGUCAGUCCGACUAACAAGAGGAAGAUAAUGCUCCUGAGUGACCCAGAGAUUGAGAGCAGCAUAUUGAUCAGCUCUGACGAAGGGGCCACCUACCAGAAGUACAGGUUGAAUUUCUACAUCCAGAGCCUGCUCUUCCAUCCCAAGCAGGAGGACUGGGUCCUGGCCUACAGUCUUGAUCAAAAGCUGUACAGCUCUAUGGAUUUUGGGAGAAGAUGGCAGCUAAUGCACGAGAGGAUCACACCAAACAGGUUUUACUGGUCCAUAGCGGGUUUGGAUAAGGAGCCUGACCUGGUGCACAUGGAAGCCCGGACAGCUGAUGGACAUGCCCACUACAUAACCUGCCGGAUCCAGGAGUGCUCGGAGACCACCAGGAUCGGGCCGUUUUUGCGCUCCAUCGACACCAGCUCGCUGGUUGUCCAGGACGAGUAUGUCUUCAUUCAGGUGACUGCUGGUGGAAGAGCUAAUUACUACGUAUCGUACAAGCGGGAGCCGUUUGCUCAGAUUAAAUUGCCCAAAUAUUCGUUACCAAAGGACAUGCAUAUCAUCAGCACAGAUGAGAAUCAGGUGUUUGCAGCCGUUCAAGAGUGGAACCAGAACGAUACCUACAACCUUUACAUCUCCGACAUCCGGGGGGUCUACUUCACCUUGGCUUUGGAGAACGUGAAGAGCAGCCGAGGAUUGGAAGGGAAUAUCAUCAUUGACCUUUAUGAGGUAGCAGGGAUCAAAGGUGUAUUCCUGGCGAACAAGAAGAUAGAGGACCAAAUAAAGACUUUCAUCACCUACAACAAGGGCAGAGACUGGCGGUUGGUGCAGGCUCCGGACACUGAUCUCCGAGGGGACCCAGUGCAGUGCCAGAUGCCCUUCUGUUCCUUGCACCUGCAUUUGCAAAUCUCAGAGAAUCCAUAUACUUCUGGAAGUAUUUCCAGCAAGGAAACUGCUCCAGGGCUAUUGGUAGCUACAGGGAACAUCGGCUCCGAACUGUCAUAUGCUGAUAUCAGCAUGUUUGUCUCUUCUGAUGGAGGGAACUCAUGGAGACAGAUCUUCGAGGAAGAAUACAAUGUAUGGUAUCUUGACUGGGGCGGGGCGCUUGUGGCCAUGAAGCACACUUCAAUGCCCAUCCGGCACUUGUGGGUGAGUUUCGAUGAAGGGAGAUCCUGGAGUAAAUACAGCUUCACGUCAACCCCACUUUUCGUGGAUGGGUCCCUGGUGGAUCCCGGCAUUGAGACACAGAUAAUGACAAUUUUUGGGCACUUCAGUCUGCGUUCAGAGUGGCAGCUGGUCAAAGUGGACUACAAAUCCAUCUUCAGCAGGCGAUGCAACAAGGAUGACUACCAGACCUGGCACCUGCACAACCAGGGGGAGCCUUGUGUCAUGGGAGAGAGGAAAAUCUAUAAGAAACGCAAGCCCGGGGUGCAGUGUGCAUUGGGGAGAGACUACUCCAAGACCGUCGUCUCCGAACCCUGUGUCUGCGCCGAUGGGGACUUCGAGUGUGACUAUGGGUAUGAAAGACACAGUAACAACCAGUGUGUUCCAGCCUUCUGGUUCAAUCCAUCCUCCCUGUCCAAGGACUGUAGCUUCGGCCAGAGCUACCUGAACAGUACCGGGUAUCGGAGGAUCGUGUCUAACAACUGCACGGAUGGGCUCCGGGAGAAGUACACAGCCAAGGCUGAAAAGUGCCCCGGGAAGGCUCCACGUGGACUACACAUUCUCACCACCGACGGCAAGCUCGUUACAGAACAAGGGCACAACGCCACCUUCAUCAUCCUCAUGGACGAGGGUGAUCUGCAAAGGACAAAUAUUCAGCUAGAUUUUGGAGAUGGUAUCGCCGUGUCCUAUGCAAACUUCAGCCCGAUAGAAGACGGCAUCAGGCAUGUGUAUAAGAGUGCUGGGAUCUUCCAGGUGACAGCAUAUGCAGAAAACAGCCUGGGCUCUGACACCGCUGUCCUCUUCCUACAUGUGGUCUGUCCACUGGAACAUGUCCAUCUCAGCGUCCCCUUUGUCGCCAUCAGGAAUAAGGAAGUCAACAUUACUGCCGUGGUGUGGCCAAGUCAGUCUGGCACGCUCACCUACUUCUGGUGGUUUGGUAACAGCACGAAGCCCGUUAUCAGCCUGGAGAGCAGCACCUCCUACACGUUUGCCACCGAGGGGAUGAACACCAUCACGGUCCAGGUCUCUGCGGGGAGCACCCUCAUCCAGGACACCAAGGAGAUCGCAGUACACGAAUAUUUCCAGUCUCAGCUCCUGUCGUUUUCCCCUAACCUGGACUACCACAACCCCGACAUCCCCGAGUGGAGACAAGACAUUGGCAGAGUCAUCAAGGGAGCUCUUCUGCAGGUGACUGGGAUCCCCGAUGAGCAGAUUUUGGUAGCAGUAUUUCCUGGACUUCCCACUUCUGCUGAGCUCUUCAUACUACCCCACAAAAACACGACAGAGAGGAGGAAAGGCAAUGAAGGUGAUCUGGAGCAGAUAGUUGAAAUCCUCUUUAAUGCUCUCAACCAGAACCUGGUCCAGUUUGAGCUGAAGCCCGGGGUCGAAGUGGUCGUGUAUGUCACGCAGUUAACAUUAGCACCCCUCGUGGACUCCAGCAGUGGGCACAGCAGCUCGGCCAUGCUGAUGUUGUUAUCCGUCGUGUUUGUCGGCCUGGCUGUUUUUUUAAUCUACAAAUUUAAAAGGAAAAUCCCGUGGAUUAACUUCUAUGCUCAGGUCCAGCAUGACAAAGAACAGGAAAUGAUCGGGUCCGUCAGCCAAAGCGAAAACCCCCCCAAAAUCACUCUGGGUGAAUUCACUGACCCCGAAGAGCUAAUGGACAAAGAGCUGGACACGCGGGUUAUAGGAAGCAUCUCGACAAUUGCUAACAGCGAAAGCACAAAGGAAAUCCCCAACUGCACUAGCGUUUAAUACUGAGGAUCCACUUGGU